CCCAAACGAGGAGAUGCCUGAUCCGAGCUUGGACCGAGAUUGGGAGGGCGGUCCAGCUGAUCGACGAUCACCUCCGCCGGGGCCAUCGCCGCCACCAUUGGCAUCAUCUCCGCCGAGAGUAUCGUCCCUGCCAUUGGCAUCACCUCCGUCGAGGACAUCACCGCCGCUAGUGGCAUCACCUCCGCCGGGGCCAUCGCCGCCGCCAUUGGCAUCACCUCUGUCCAGACACCUCCCCCGUGUGUCUCCGGGGCACAGUGAUGAUUUGUAUGCCCGUUUGACUGAAUUUAUAGCGGAGGAGGUCGGCGCGCUACGACGAGAUUUGAUGAAGAGGGUCGAUGAUCUGGGACGAGAGUUGACAGGGAGGGUCGACGAUCUGGCAGGGAAGGUUGACUAUAUGACAGGGAGGGUCGACGAUAUGGGACGAGAGUUGACAGGGAGGGUUGACGAUCUAUCCCAUGAUGUUGGAAUACUACAGUCUUCCGUUGUCGACUUUCAGGAUACAGUAGCGGUGCUUAGGGGAGAUUUAGCCGGCAGACGAUGAGGGG